GGACAAUGGGCGGUUUUUAACGUCUUUAGCGCGAGCCGCGGGCGCAGGCGCGGACAUGGCCCGCCGCGGGAGUGAUGUCAACUUUGUGGCUGCCGACAGACAGUGGACAAAUGCAAUCUUAUUGGAGGCUGAUUCAGCAAACAAAUGGGUAAACAGAUGGGGAUUUCUGAUAACUGAACGUGAUCAGAUUGAGGCUGAACAGGAGAAAUUGAGAAAUAAAUGUCGACUGCAUACCCCAGAUCACCUGAAGAUUCGACCUGCAUCUCCCAUCAGCAAGUACAUCCAGGUGGGAACAUCACCUCCUGUUCCAAAGACAACCCAAGGACUUAUUGGCUGGCGGUCUGCUGUACCAGGAUUGAAUCUGGAGCAAUACAAAGCUCCCAGACGAGGGAAGUGGAGCUUUCUAAGUCAGAUGAAAUGGCCAGAGGACUGUAUUGACUGAUUUUGUGAUAGUCAAAGCAUUUCUUUUCAUCUGUGCAUUAUCUGCUCAUUGAUGCCGAUGGUUUUAGCUGCAGCACAGUCACUACCCAACACAAUAGCAAACCAUUUUUACACUAAAUGUUAUAUUUUGAUCCUUUUUUCCUUAUCUCAAAUACUCUGCUUCAACCACUUUCCUCUUUCAGUUAAUCAAAGUGUUUGAAACUAAAGAAAUGGCUCUCCGUUCAAGGUUAGUGCCACUCAUGAACACAGUAAUCCUUGUUUGAGGGGGUUUGUUCUAUUGAUCUGAAUUAAUACCAAAGGUCAAAAGAGGACGUGGGCUUCAGAGACCUUUCAUAAAACCAAUGAAAGUUGUUCUUAAUUAUUCAACCCAGUUGACUAUCCUCCAGAAAGAAGAAAAAACUAUAUUUCUUCCAACUUUUCUUAUUUGAUUCUGUACUUCAUGAUUACAAUAAAUUGUUUUCUGUGAUUGAAAUUA